CAGUACAAUGCUUAUCUUCAGAUAUCCGUGGUUUAUAUACAGUUUUCUUGUGCCGUGUUAUGGAAGCUUACAGCCGGGCUUCUCUCAACUCCAGCGAGGACACAGACUGGACAGGAAACUGAUCCAGUCAUUCACAGAACUCAGUUUCCUGGACUGUGUGAUAAAAUGUCUAGUAACACCACGGUGUAAAUCUGUCAACUAUUUCAAAGGGGCUAAUUUCUGUGAACUCAAUUACGAAAAUAAGACGACAGCGGAGACAAUGUACAUGGACAAUGCUGGAUGGGUGUACAGUGAAAAGGAGCACUGGCCUAAGGGUCUUGCUGGAGCUUGUUCACACUCGAACUGUCAAUUCAACGAGACAUGUAAACACAAAAGAUAUUCUGAGGAUAAAUUCUUUGAAUGUGUUUUGUCCGACUGUGGAAUACCCGAUCUAAAAGGAAUAGACCUGAAUACAACACGACGUGAGGACGCCAUUGGUAUACACAGGAGGAUACACGCCUCGUGUGCUGACGGAUACUCCCAGUCUGGUUCAGGGCGGCUGAACUGUCAAUCAAACGGAGAGUGGAAAUACGACAUUGUCUGUGAAGACAUGAAUCAAUGUCUGGACAAUCCAUGUCAGAACGGCGGCACUUUCACACAGAAGGACGGGUGUUUCACGUGUUCGUGUACAGAUGGAUGGACAGGGGCACGCUGUAAUGAAGCCGUUUCCAACCUUGCAUUGAAUAAACCUGCAAAACAGUCAUCAAGGUUUACAGGGGCAGGAGUGACCUACUAUGCCAAUUUGGCAGUUGAUGGCAACAACGGUACAGACUUUGUCGUAGACAAGUGUUCAUCCACAGCGGGUGGAGACACAAACCCGUGGUGGUUGGUGGAUCUACAGAAUGUUUAUUUCGUGAAAUCUGUCAGAAUAUUCAAUAGAGGAAUGGACAAAAAUGGAAAAGAUGAGUCAGACCGUCUGCGGAAUGUCACCGUCACUGUAGGGCUGACAGAAUCAGAUGUCAAUACUCCCUGUGGUUUCUUUGCUGGUCCCGGUACUCUGUCACAGCUGGCCGUCAUCGACUGUCCGACAUUAUCACAGGGGAGAUUCGUAAAGAUCUCCAUAAUCACUGAGUAUCUCACUCUUUGUGAAGUUGAAGUGUUUGGAUACUCUGUCUAAUUAUUAUUGCUGAUAUCUUUUAUCUGAAUGACUCUCUUUCCUACCAAUCAAUUUCUAGUAUAUAGAUGUUUA